AUGAACUGUUUUCAAAUCCAUUAUAAUGCCGUUAUUUACUUUUAUAGGCAAAUCUCCCAAUUCCCCGAUGUAGGUAAAACAUAUAGCAGUGUCGAAAGCUUCAACUCAGAAGCAUCGAGAGAAUCCCUAUCCACAAGCAAAGACAGUCAUCAGUCUUCCCUCUGCUAUUCCAAUGACAAACCUCCUCCGGUAGCCAACAGGAACUCAGUUCGCAGCCAAUCUGCUCACACUCGCCCAAUUAAAACUCAGCCAGAACUACCACCUUCAAUUAGUGGAAGGCAAGGAGUGACUAGCAUAUACUCAAAUGAUUUAGAUGAAUGUUCCUCAAUGGAAAUUAUUCGACAACCUCCGAUUCUCAGCGGAAUUAAUAGUAAUACAAGUACGCCACAGAGAACAGUAUGCACUCCUGUUGGCAUAUCGCAAACGGCGCCAAUAAGCGAUUACUAUGCCAACGCCUUUGAGAACGGCUUUCAAAUGAUAGGCCCAACGUGCCCACCGGCUCCCAACCCAGCCCAUUAUUUUCAAGCUUACCUCCCCCAAUCACAUUUCAAUGCUACCUUUUCAGAUGGUCAAAUCUACGACCAACCUCCCCCUCCCACUCCAACCGAAACUAACAAGCAGAUUACUCGGAACGGAAAUCAUCAUCAAAAGCCAUCUCAAAGACUGUAUGAAGGGAUCUCAUACAGAAUGAUCCCUCCUAUGCCUCCUGCAACCGCUCCAGCAUCCCGCAAACGUUUUGGUAGAAGUAACUAUGAAAGUGGAGAUCUGAGUUUUGAUGAUACUGAGGAAGAUGAUGAUGAUGUAGAGAACGGAAAGGGUGGCACACUUUCAAGGAGAAAGCCAGUUCCACCGAUGGGUAUUCUUGUGAAUCAGUACUCGCGUGAGAGUCUCCAUUUUGUAAGUAUUUGUUAA